AUGGUAAUCUUUCACAGGAAGUCAGGCUAUACCAUUGCAGAAGAAACCACAGGAGAGAAGCUGACCUUGUGCGCUAGAAGUCAUUUUAGGUUACAGUGGGCUGCUCGUCACUCACAGAAAAGCCACUCAAGUGUUGCUGUUCGGUGUACGGCAGAAGAAGAAAAACUGCAGAGUUUUUAUUUCUGUUGCCGAAUACAAACUAAAGACGCAGAGUUUGCUGGAUGCCUGCUGACGCAGGUGUGCACUUUUGUUCAAGUCUUCAGAAAAGCCGCGGUGAGAAGGAGCAGCUAUGAGUUCGCUGUGAUAAUGGAUCGCUUCAAAGCAGACCGGAACAGAGCUCUGACAUGUGGUGACAUUGACGGCAAGAUGGAGCCUGAGUAUGAUGUGGUGGAUGACCAGGAGGAAGUGCACAAUGUGCGCAUAUUUCCUGCUAGGCCUAUAAAUGAUGAGAGAGAGUAUGCAGACAGGGAUGUUCAGUGGCCAUCAUCUGCUCAGAACCUGUCAUCAAUCUCUUCUCCAAGACCCCUUCCGAGAUGUCCGCCCAGAGAGACCCCUCAAAAUAAAGUUCCAGUUGUAAAUAGAGACAUAAAGCCAGGACGGCAAAAAGUUAAACUAGAUAGGAGGCCCCUACCUUUGAACCCAGAAGAGCAAGUAAACAUCUGUCAUUCUCACAGAAGUUCUUUGCCACACCCAUCUUCUGCCUUGGAUGUAUCUGACAACCUUGCUGGGCUGGCUGUACAUGAAACCUGCAGGAGUGAUAGACAAAUGAGAAACACUGAAAAGGCAGACUUCAGAUCACAUUCCAGAAGUCCACAGUCUACUAAAGAUGAUCCAGGCAUGCUGAGCCAUCAACGACAUUCUUUGGAUUUGGAGACUCAUGACUUAGAAAAUAGGUCACAUCAACGUGUAGAAGGGAUGGCGUCCAGACGUCAUCACCAUGAGUGGCCUCAAACCAAAGAAGACAUUGAUCAAAAUGACUUUUUUCCAAUGGACAAGCCUAACACCUACUGUGAGGAAGACUGGUAUGUUGGACAUUGUAAUCGCACAGAUGCUGAGCACGCCUUGCACCUGGUGAACAAGGAUGGGGCAUAUUUAGUUCGAGACUGCUCCAAUAACACCAACAGUGAACCCUUGGUAUUGGUCGUGUAUCAUGAGAAGAAAGUAUAUAAUGUAAAAAUCCGGUUUAUUGGGUCCCUUGGGAAGUACGCACUUGGAACAGGCCAACGAUCAAAUGAUAUGUUUGAUUCCGUAGCAGGAAUCAUCAAAUUCCAUUCCAUUUUUCCAAUAACACUCGUGAGCGGGAGAAACACAGCAACCAGCAAAAGCCCAGAGAACUGUGUGCUGACAUGUCCAAUAACCAAAAGUGAUGUUGUACAGCUCCUACAGUAACGUCUGCAUCUUCCAGCCAAGAAAAUGCUUUCAUCUCAAGCUAUUUCCCACAAUACCUUUAAAUUUCUGAGAAAAAUGUUGCACAUAGGUGUUGUUCAGGAUGGAGUGCCGAGACCUGGUUAUCUUCAGUUGCACAAUUUAUGAUGACAUUGAAGUUGGUAUAUGAUUUGUUCCUAAUAACAAUAAUAAAAAUUAUUCUUAUUCAUUUGCCUC